AUGGCCAGGUCUCUGACCUGGGGCUGCUGUCCCUGGUGCCUGACGGAGGAGGAGAAGACGGCUGCCAGAAUCGACCAGGAGAUCAACAAGAUCUUGUUGGAACAGAAGAAGCAAGAGCGCGGGGAGCUGAAGCUGCUGCUGCUGGGGCCAGGGGAGAGCGGGAAGAGCACGUUCAUCAAGCAGAUGCGCAUCAUUCACGGCGCAGGCUACUCCGAGGAGGACCGCAGAGCGUUCCGGCCGCUGGUCUACCAGAACAUCUUCAUCUCCAUGCAGGCCAUGAUAGACGCCAUGGACCGGCUGCAGAUCCCCUUCAGCAGGCCCGACAGCAAGCAGCACGCCAGCCUGGUGAUGAGCCAGGACCCCUACAAAGUGAGCGCGCUCGGGAAGCCCUACGCGGCGGCCAUGCAGCAGCUGUGGCGGGACGCGGGCAUCCGCGCGUGCUACGAGCGCAGGCGUGAAUUCCACCUGCUGGACUCCGCCCUGUACUACCUGUCUCACCUGGAGCGCAUCGCCGAGGAGGGCUACGUCCCCACGGCGCAGGACGUGCUGCGCAGCCGCAUGCCCACCACGGGCAUCAACGAGUACUGCUUCUCCGUGCAGAAGACCAAGCUCCGCAUCGUGGAUGUUGGUGGCCAGAAGUCGGAGCGGAAGAAGUGGAUCCACUGCUUUGAGAACGUCAUAGCCCUCAUCUACCUGGCCUCCCUGAGCGAGUAUGACCAGUGCUUGGAGGAGAAUGACCAGGAGAACCGCAUGAAGGAGAGCCUGGCACUGUUCGGCACGAUCCUGGAGCUGCCCUGGUUCAAGAGUACGUCCGUCAUCCUCUUCCUCAACAAGACAGACAUCCUAGAAGAGAAGAUCCACACCUCCCACCUGGCCACGUACUUUCCCAGCUUCCAGGGUCCCCGGCGGGACGCGGAGGCCGCCAAGCGCUUCAUCAUGGACAUGUACGCGCGCGUGUACGCGAGCUGCGCGGAGCCCCACGACGGGGGCAGGAAGGGAUCCCGCGCGCGCCGCCUCUUCGCACACUUCACCUGCGCCACGGACACGCACAGCGUCCGCAGCGUGUUCAAGGACGUGCGGGACUCGGUGCUGGCCCGGUACCUGGACGAGAUCAACCUGCUGUGACGCGGGACGUCCCUGCGGGCGCGGGCGGGGACAGAGCAGCGCGCCCCCUGGCGGCCGCGCCUGGAACCGCAGCGCGGAGACUCCCCGCGGCCGCGCCCCUGCCUCGGCGCCUGCAGAGCGCGGAAGCCAGGCCCAGACGCGCCCAGCUCCUCACCGGGCCGCCAAGGCCCGACCCGUCUGUAAUUUAUUCCCUCGCCCCCUUCUAGUGACUAGAGGAAGGACGCGAGUCGGGCCUCUAGCCCCAGCCCUCGGGAAGCAGAGGCAGGGGGAUCUCUGUGAGUUCCAGGCCAGCCAGGGCUACCCGUGUCAGACACCAGAAACCAAGGCCGGAUGGGACAGUGUGGCGGCUUGCGAGCCCCCAGGGUCGCCGACCACAUCCUCCCCAGCCUCACUCUGGGGUGCGGAAGGGUGGCAGGGGGGGGGAGCGAGGAAGUCCUGCCUGGUGUCUGCCCACUCGGGACUGAGGCGAGCUCCGGCCGAGGACAGACUUUGGACAUAUCCGUAGCUGGGGGGAGCCCUCCGCACCCACGCCCCAGCCCACGACACUACUCCACGCGGUGCGGCGCCGCUGUGUGCUCGCGUCCUCCACAGCCUCCGCAUGGCGGACACCGAGGGGAAGCCCGAGGUGGGGGUGGGGCGGGGGGCAGAGGACCGAGUCCCACAAGACGUCCUCCAGCCCCUCAGCAAUGGUGACACUCCUCCCCGCGCGAAUCAAUAAAGGUCGUUGAAAAACCAAAAAGCAGGAAACUGAGGA